AAUAUUAAUUUGUUAAAUUCUAAUAAAGCAUUAAAAAAUGAUAAAAAUGAUUUAAUAAAUAAAAAUAAAGAACUAGAAGAACAAAUAAAUAAAUUUAAGACAGAAUUAGAUAAAUUAAACAAAGAAAUAGAAAAAUUAAAAAGAUAA